CGCUCGCAACGUGUCGGACCGGCUCCCGCUCUCUCGAAUGUCGCCGCUCGUCGGCUCGUUUGUCACCAGUGUCCAUUGUUGACUGACUCGAUUCGAAGUGACCGCAGUUUUGCCGGGUUUUUUUGCCGCCGAUCGUCCACUCUUUGACGCCUUCCACUUCUGCGUGCGCGAAUUUGUGACGUGCGUCGACAUGAACAACAGGCACUUCUCCAGCAUGUACAGCAUUGGAUAUUUAGUCGCCCUGCUCUGCAUCACCUGCAUUCAAGGCGUUCUUGGGAUGCAGCUGAUGGAGGUGCGAAUUCCCAAACACAUCGCUCGCGACGAGAGUGCGCGACUCGAGUGCAAAUACGACCUGGGGCAGGAGUCGCUCUACUCGGUCAAGUGGUACAAGGAUGGCAAUGAGUUCUACAGAUACGUUCCGCAGGAUAGACCACCGACGCAAAUUUUCACUCUGCCUGGAGUCACAGUCGAUCUGCACAACUCCUCGGAGAGCACCGUGGUUCUGACACACGUGGAUCUCUCUUCGUCGGGAGUCUACAGGUGCGAGGUGUCGGCGGAGGCGCCCUCUUUUCAGACUGUGUCAGAGAGAGGAGACAUGACCGUCGUCGCGAUGCCGAAAGACGGGCCGCGCAUCUCCGGCGGUCGGCCGCGCUACCAAAUUGGCGAUAUGGUGCGAGUUAAUUGCACGUCGGCCCGCUCCAAACCGGCGGCCACACUGCAGUGGUUCAUCAACAGCGAGCUGGCUGAUUCGAAUUUCCUGCGCGGGCCGUACUAUCACGUCGACUCGGACGACCUGGAAACUUCGACUCUGGGUCUCGAGUUUAAGGUGAAGCCGCGUCAUUUUCGCAAGAGUGACAUGAAGCUCAAGUGCCUGGCCACGAUCGCCUCGGUCUACUGGCGCAGCAACGAGGAGAGCGUCGAGGGCGAGAAGCCACGCGAAGCGGUGAUGGAGAGCAGAGGCACCGCCCCGCCAAGUAAGUCGCGGGCCGAGAGAGUCGAAGCAUCGAACGCGGCGAGCUCGGCGUCACUGUUGCUGUCGCUGCUGGUGAUUUCGGCGGUGACGAUCGCCUCAUCUCUGGUGGCUGUUCCGCGGUAACACGGCGUCCUGCACCGCAGACAAAAGACUUAAAAGUGGAAAUGCGACGAGACGACGAGUGGAUGCGUGAGCUGGUGCGGAAGAGCGGGUGUGCUGGAAAAAAGCUGCUGAGUCUGGCGAAAAACUAACGAGAGUGCGCGAGCGGCAAAAAUUUAAUGUGAAUGUGUGUGUCUUGAAUCUCAUGUCUGAUUGUAGCGACGACGAGUGCAGAUCUUUUUAUUUUAUUUUUAUUCCGAGGCGAAAAGCAGAAAAUGUUUGUAAAAAGUCUAGUAACCCCGUGUACGAGGGAGUGCGUGUGUAAAUAAAUGUGAUUUCCAUAUAUGAAAAUAUAAUAUACAAAAAGCCAGCGCGGGCUGUUGUUUCGUCAUUAAAUGUGUAUUUGUUUUCGUUUCUAGUGACAAGUGAUUGUAAAAAUGCGAAUAACAAUUAUUAGUGUUUCUAUACCACUUUUAUCAUUCUCAUCGAUUAUUAUUCAUCAAACUUUCUCCUAGUCUCGCCAAUUGUACUACAUUUAAAAGUGUAAAAAUGGAUAUUUUACAUGAGAAGAAGUAAGUCAUCCAGAAAAAAAUAAGCAACUUUGAAACUUUGACAUCGCGAAAAGGUGCUGUGUGUUUCAUCGAAAAGCUGCUUAUCGUCCCUCGGGAAACUCAUCGUCUGUCAAAUUUUAUUUUGUGUUCUGCAAUUUAUCUCACCGUACCAAAAAUUGAAAUCUAGUACGAGUUAUUUUCGCGGCGUGUAUCAUGCGCAAAGGUUAUAAUAUCAUGUUUAAAAAAAAAUUAUAUAUAUAUUGCUUUUAACAACUUUCAGUCAAUUAUAAAAUGUGAAAUAACUUUGUUAAACAACUAUAUUGAGACAAAGGAUUUUAUUUGAAAUCAAUAAAAAUAAACAUUCCUUUUAUGUGGCCUAGUUUUAAGAUAGAUAAUCAAAUAUUGUUUUUCGUGACCUGCAGAAGCGAUCAACUUGGAAACACCCCCUGAAAGCGUUGAAAUUAAAAUGUUCUUGAUAAUGAAGCACCACAAAUAUGAUGUCAAAAGGUAUGAAAAUUAAAAAUAUCGUAAAAAAUGUUUCUAUCAAUUGUUGAAUGUGCUUAUGAAAAACUUCAAUUGGAUUAAGAUAUUUGAAGGGAUAAAAAAGAACCUGUUCCCGUCAUCCAAAUUUUCCUAUCGCCUAAAUUGUCAAUAUCCACUUUAAAAUAUUGGUAUUUUUUAUUUUCCAAGGCAGAUCCAAAUUUUCUGGCCUCCCAAAACUCAUUCUUCCUUGGAAAUCUUCAUGUAUGCAAUCAGAAAAAUAAUAAUGAAAAAAAACUGCAUUUCAAAGUGGAUAUAACUGUUAAAUGGAAAAUAUAAAUGCCAUGAUUUGACCCGAGUACCACUUACAGGACAUGUCAAAAUUUCGAGUCAUGAAAUUUCUUUUUCAAUAAAGCUCUUGUAAA